AUGUUCAAGAUUUGGAGUAACAACGGGUAUUACGACACUGAUGAGAGAUGGGAAUGCUGGACUGUAUUCCCUGGGCUGGGAUGGACCGAAAAGGUCUUCGUCCCGUACACAAGGCCCGUAACAAAGGUAUACAAACGUAGCUUAGGCCUCAUAACGGCCAAAUGCCCUCGCAAUGAAGGUCCUCUUGGAAUGUUCAUAGGCACUGGACUGCAUUCCGCAUUUUGUAGGCUGCCCCUCUUCGCUGCUGAAAAAGAGCGACAUAUUUUAGAGGUGAACCAAUUAUUUGGGGCGGGAAUUUUAGAAAUGAACAUUCAAUGGAUGAAUACUGUUGGGUAA